AUGUCUGUGUCAGGGAAGAAGGAGUUUGAUGUGAAACAGAUCCUAAGGCUCCGUUGGCGCUGGUUCAGCCAUUCAUCUCAAGGUUCUACUGGUAGUGGCGGCGGAGGUGGCAGUGUGGGAGGCUACAUCCAGCAGGAUGGCCUGGACCACAGAGGAACUCCCGUUCAGGGAAGGCUGAAGAGCCAUUCUCGGGAAAGGGGUAUUGGAGGAUUACGAAAGACCAGCAGCCCCGUCCACAGCGUCAUGUCCCAAACACCUGGACCAACUCCGGUCUAUGUCAGGACAGGUCAUCAAUCUUGGCAUCAUCAGUCAAACAACAUCCAGGGCCUCCAGGUCAACGAGGAGUCUCCAAAGAGCAUUUCCUCUUCCAAUGCAAUGAGGAAAGAGCAAACAAAAUCUGGCCAGGAAGAUGUGAUAAACAGCACAGAGGAACCUGCAGAGGUGGAAACCAGAGACAGGUUGGUUCUGAGCAAUUUGUCCAGAAUGACCACCAACUCCUCCGACGAAUUUUUCCAGGCCACAAAUCAUGCAGAGCAGACGUUCCGUAAAAUGGAGACCUACCUCCAGCACAAGCAGCUGUGUGACGUCCUGUUGAUAGCAGGAGAUCACAAGAUACCGGCUCAUAGACUUGUCUUAAGUGCGGUUUCGGACUACUUUGCUGCUAUGUUUACCAGUGAUGUGAGGGAAGCAAAGCAAGAGGAGAUAAAGAUGGAGGGAGUGGAUCCCGAGGCGCUCAGAUCUCUGGUUCAUUUUGCCUAUACUGGUGUCCUUGAGCUGAAAGAGGAAACCAUUGAGAGUUUAUUGGCGGCAGCAUGCCUCCUCCAGCUUUCACAAGUCAUCCAGGUCUGCUGCAGCUUCCUCAUGAAGCAGCUUCAUCCUUCCAAUUGCCUUGGAAUACGAUCGUUUGCGGAUGCCCAGGGCUGCAUGGACCUGCUGAAUGUGGCUCAUAACUACACCAUGGAGCACUUCCUGGAGGUCAUUCAGAACCAGGAGUUCCUGCUGCUCCCCACAGCGGAGAUUGUUAAGCUACUCUCCAGUGAUGACAUCAACGUUCCAGAUGAAGAAACAAUUUUUCAGGCUUUGAUGAUGUGGGUGAGAUUUGAUGUCCAACAUCGACAGCAGGACCUUGGAGUGUUACUGGCUUACAUCCGCCUGCCUCUUCUUCCUCCACAGCUUCUUGCAGAUCUGGAAAACAACAAGAUGUUCUCUGAUGAUCUGGAAUGUCAAAAGUUGCUGAUGGAAGCCAUGAAAUACCAUUUACUGCCUGAGCGACGGCCCAUGUUUCAGAGCCCGAGAACUAAACCUAGGAAGUCCACUGUAGGGGCACUUUAUGCAGUGGGGGGGAUGGAUGCUACCAAAGGAUCCACCACUAUUGAAAAGUAUGACCUGCGAACAAACACCUGGGUCCAAGUUGGAGUAAUGAACGGGCGUCGACUACAGUUUGGGGUUGCGGUGAUUGACAACAAGCUCUAUGUAGUUGGAGGAAGGGAUGGACUUAAAACGUCCAACAUGGUGGAAUGCUAUAAUCCUAUUAGCAAAGUUUGGUCAACUAUGCCCCCGAUGUCGACACACAGGCACGGGCUUGGCAUAGCCGUACUUGAAGGUCCCAUGUAUGCAGUAGGAGGCCACGAUGGGUGGAGCUAUCUCAACACAGUGGAGCGUUGGGAUCCACAGGCCAGGCAGUGGAACUAUGUUGCCAGCAUGUCGACUCCACGAAGCACCAUGGGAGUAACAGCGCUCAACGGAAAGCUGUUUGCUGUUGGUGGGCGAGAUGGCAGCUCGUGCUUGAGGUCGAUGGAGUGUUUUGAUCCACACACCAACAAAUGGAGCAUGUGUGCACCAAUGUCCAAGAGGAGAGGAGGUGUGGGAGUAGCCAUGUACAACAACUUCCUGUAUGCUGUGGGUGGACAUGACGCCCCCGCUUCCAACCACUGUUCCAGACUCUCUGACUGUGUUGAGAGAUAUGAUCCAAAGACGGACACAUGGACCACUGUGUCCUCUCUCAGCGUCCCCCGAGAUGCAGUAGGAGUGUGCUUGCUGGGUGACCGGCUCUAUGCAGUUGGCGGGUAUGACGGCCAGUCAUAUCUCAAAACUGUUGAGUCCUACGAUGCACAAAACAACGAGUGGACAGAGGAGGUCCCCCUUAACAUCGGAAGGGCAGGCGCCUGCGUGGUGGUGGUGAAGCUGCCGUGAGGAUCUCAGUUCACAACAACACAGAGAGGCCUAAAUGAAAGAGCGGCAAAGUGGAGUGGACAAACAAAGCAGCAGAUUGAGGACACAUCCUUUGAGGGAUGAAUUAUCACAUUUUUUUUUUCUUUAACUUGGCCGUCCAGAUCUUUCAUUGGGAAACACAGGCAAAGGCUUUUCCAUAAACCAUUGUUUCCGUCAUUAGUUUUGUCUGCCCAGUGGAAAGGACUAGAAGGAUUGCGAUGGCCAGCACAUUCCCCACAUUCUCAACCGAUUAAGAACUUUGCCAAAAAACAAAGCGUACGGGCGCCAAGGCUUCUAAAAGCUGACUUGAAUGUCCUCAAAUUUUUAAUGUAACAUUGAACAAAUGAAUAAAUUCUGUAAGUUUACAAAUACACACAAGCAUUUCUUAUCCGUGCCAUCUUAGACAGUAUAUUUUUAGGGGUUUAUUAUGUCCCUUUAUAGCUGAGACAACUAUUCUUACAGAGAUUUAACUAUAAAUUGGUGUUUUUUUACAAGAUCAGUCUGAAGUGAUUGUUUCUCCUUGGUGAUGAAGACUACUGUGAUUGAAACUGAAGGUGGAGAGGUUAGUACAGGAAUGAAAUGUAUGUUAUUUGCACCUGUAGCAACAGAACACCAAAGCCAUUUAUUUCUUUAAGACAUUGUUUUGCUCAUUAAAUAAAGGUUUACAAAUUUGUGAAUCAAAAAAAAAUAUAUCAUAUUGAUAUUUCAUGUUGCUGUACAGAUUUUUGUUCUAAAACUGCAUUUGUGUUUGUAGAUUCAUGCCUAAAACAAUGCUGUUUUUAUUCAUGAACCAUUUAGCUGAGCUCUAAACAUUUUCAGACUUAUCUUUUUUUCUACAACUGCAUUUGGAUGUCUUGCUAAAAGAAACAAAAUUGUUAGCCUGUUCACACUAAACUGUAACUGGAACUACAAUUGUGACUAAUUUUGGGGCCAAGUGCUAUUUUUUCCAUCUUUUGGACCUAAUUUUGUACAGCAUGCAAGCCAAUAAAAUAACUUCGGUUUUCUUUGCAUGAAUUAGAAGUGUGGCCUCAGUACUGGAAGAUUUUCCAUGUUUUCUUGUUCGGCUUUUCAUAAACAAAUCUGAGUCCAUAACUAAACAGACUUCGGCUCCAACUUUGACAUCUGCAUUAAUCUGUUUUUGUCUUCGCUGCCACAUUUUCUUCUUCAAUCAAACAAGCAUGUUUGGGGAUAUUUCUGUUUUAUUCCUCUGUCAACAAAGAAGACCAAAUGCUUCUACUUGCCUUUUUUGUUUACUUAUUUACUUUUUAAAAUGCUAUUCCUCUCCAACUUCCCUCUGAUUGUUUGGUAAGAUUUGAAUCGCUUUUACUGACAAAACAGUGGACUGUCUGUCCAAACAUAAAGGUUUGAGUCAUAAUUCUCUGUUGUGUCUUAAACACACAAAACUCUUGACACAUGUCAGUAAAACAGACCUUUUCCUCCUAUAUUUCUCUCUACUUCUGUUUCUC